UGACGCCCAAGUCUUGUCGGAAUCGAGUGUAUCGAUUCCGCAAGCACCCACUAUAAUAUUAGCGUACCUCAACUUCGGGCACUGCCGGUCCGGGUAAAGAUCUCGUUCCAAAGUGUCGGUGCGUAGAUGAGCUGAAUGAUAGCCAACGCAUCGGGUACCACCGCCCCCACUGCAGCUAGGAGAGGGCACAGCAGAUACUGGCCAUCUACUCCGGAGUAAGAGCUGUUCAGCUCACCACCAAAAGUCUGCAUCACGUAUUUGGCGUAGAUUGUCGCCGGAGAAAGGCAUAAAAUGGAGUAAUAACCCGGCGUCUGAGCCCCAACUAUUUAUCUUAGCUCUCCGGCAGACAUAUCCAAGUUUAACUCAUCUUUGCCUCUUCUGCACAUCAUCUUACUACAUCUCUCAAGCUGUGCCUUUACAUAUUCUUAUACAACGAUGGCUCACCGCACCGCAAUGGCGCUCGUACGUAACGACACCUCCCAGCCGAUCUAUGCGGUUGGUCUGGCUCAUAAGUACAGUGACCAGUACCAAAACAGCGACGAAUGGGACAUCAUUCAGCCCGGAAAGACAAGUACUAAAUUGCAAGUUGAUUACACCACCGGGUGGUGGACCACCGGCCGGGACUGGUGGAAGGUCUUUUGGGUCACCCAGGACGAGUCCACUCUCAAGAAGACAUUUCACUAUUCCAACCCCGAGAAUUUGCGCAAAGCAUUUGAUACGAUCGAAGGUGUCGAUCCCGCUCUUUGGGUAACACUGGCUGCUUCUGUUGGUUCGAUAGCAAGCACGGCCGCCGGGAAUGGACCAUUUAAUAAGACAGUCGCUGGGGUCGCAGCCCUUGCUGCAAGACCUCUGACGGCUGGAUUCCUCGCCCCAACCACGACGGUUGGAUUCAAGCAGCACAUUUUGAGGGAGGAAGAUGACAGUGCGAGUGUAGAAAUCAUCAUCCACGAAGACACCACUAUCACCAUCAAGUCACCGUCGGGAAUUUCUCAAACCGUUUCUACCAAGAAGGAAAUUUGACUUAAUCUUCCCAUGACCAAGUCUCCUGUAUAGGAAGCGACCCUUCUUUUCGUGAGUGGUUUAGCUCCCCGGUGUUCUAUCUUGAUAACCUAAUCGAGUGGUAGUUGGUUAUUCUACUACCAACAAAUGUGAUAUUGACCUCUGGCAAUGAUAUAUAGCGGGAUUACUGUGACCCAUUCGUGACUUCCACGUU